AUGACGGGUGCUACCUGUGCCAUCCUCGGAAUCAAGACAUUAAUUGCUUCACAUCAGCUCAACGUCGAAACUCAGCUCAUCAACAGUCAAUGGGGACAAAAGACAAUCAAAUACGAGACCGAUUACGAUGCUGCCGACGUUCGCGCACUGGCAGACCAUAUCUACAGUAUUCACGGCCAGGCUUCUCUAUUGGCAAGCGGGCCAUUUCGUGCUGAUGGCAUGGCCAUCCUAUCGUGCAGAAUGAAAACUCUCGCAGGGAUCAGCGCUGGCUAUUGCGACGAUAUGAAAGCCAGAGUUGCAGACCUUACUCUCAAAGAACCAUAG